CGGCUAAUUUCUUUCUUCCGGUUUAAAAGGAAAGCACAACAUAAGCUGAAUCAUAACAGUUAAGGCAUCGGCUACUUCAAAACGUAGUGUAGUGAUUAGAGGGAAGAAGAAGAAGAGGGAAAAAAAAAAAAAAAAAAGUUGUAGAUAUGUUCUCCUUCAACAUGUUCGACCACCCGAUCCCUCGGGCUUUCCAGAACCGCUUCUCCACACAGUACCGCUGCUACUCCGUGUCCAUGCUGGCAGGGCCCAACGACCGCUCCGAUGUCGAGAAAGGAGGAAAAAUCAUAAUGCCUCCAUCUGCUCUAGACCAACUCAGUCGUCUUAACAUCACAUAUCCGAUGUUGUUUAAACUGACGAAUAAGAAUUCCGACCGCAUGACACACUGUGGUGUGUUGGAGUUUGUUGCAGAUGAAGGUAUUUGCUAUCUGCCGCACUGGAUGAUGCAGAAUUUGCUUCUGGAGGAGGGGGGCCUUGUACAGGUGGAAAGUGUCAACCUUAUGGUAGCUACAUAUUCCAAAUUCCAGCCACAAAGCCCAGAUUUCCUGGACAUUACGAACCCUAAAGCUGUACUGGAAAAUGCUUUAAGAAACUUUGCUUGCUUGACAACUGGUGAUGUUAUUGCUAUAAACUACAACGAAAAGAUCUAUGAGCUACGAGUGAUGGAGACCAAGCCGGACAAGGCAGUAUCCAUCAUCGAGUGUGACAUGAAUGUGGAUUUUGAUGCACCUCUGGGUUACAAAGAACCGGAGAGACGAUCCCAUUACCACGAGGAACCUGCAGAGGAAGAAGGUGACGCCAGCAGUUAUGCCGACAUGGACGUUGGAUUCAGAGCGUUCACAGGCUCAGGAAAUCGCCUGGAUGGCAAAAAGAAAGGCAUUGAGCCUAGUCCUGCCCCUAUAGAUCCAAGUGACAUCAAGAGAGGGAUCCCCAACUAUGACUACAAAGUUGGGAAGAUCACUUUUAUCCGAAACUCUCGCCCUCAGCCGAAAAAGGUGGAUGAUGAGGAUGCUAUGAACCGUUUCAUUGCCUUCUCUGGCGAGGGGCAGUCUCUGCGCAAGAAGGGCAGGAAACCCUAAAAAGCGGGUUGGCUUUAUGUAGCGAGAGAAAAUACUGAACAAUGUUGCUCCACAGAACCAGUACAGCCAAACACAAAAACAGAGCAGCAAGGUGAUGAUUAAAAAUCUGUUGUUUUUCUUCAACUGGAAUAUGACUUUUUAUUUUGUUUAUAUAAAUGCACAUAUUUCAGCCUUUUUUUCUUUUCCAGAAGAAAGUUGUAGUUGCC